AUGAAACUUUACGCAAUAGGUGAUCUGCACCUCAGCUACCCAGCCAACCGUGACGCCUGGUCUGAGCUUGACCUCCAUCUCGACGACGGGCUUAUUCUGUGUGGCGACUUGGGCGAGAAGGCAGAGCAACUUGAGCUCGCAUUCUCCACUGCGACCAAGUGCUUCAGGGAGGUCUUCUGGUGUCCCGGCAACCACGAGCUAUAUACCCUCGCUUCGUCAGCUGGGGCUCCGCCGCAGCUGCGCGGCGAGGCAAAAUAUAAUCAGUGUGUCGCCAUCGCACGGAAGUACGGGGUGCAUACCCCUGAAGAUGAGUUCGUGGUCUGGGAGGGCGAAGGAGGGCCCGCAUUGAUUGCUCCAAUAUUCACUCUGUACGACUAUUCCUUCCGGCCAGAUCACAUCAAGGACAAGGCCGAGGCUUUGAAAUGGGCCGAGGAGAUGGACACAGUGGCGACGGACGAGUUCAUCUUGCAUCCAGACCCGUAUCCGUCUCGCGAGAAAUGGUGCGAUGCACUUGUCGAAAACACACAGGCCAAGCUUGAAACUGCCAUGAAUCGUGGUCUGCCCUUGAUCAUUGUCAACCACUGGCCGCUACGAGAGGAUCUCAUCUGGAUACCCAAGGCUCCAAGAUUCACGCUGUGGUGUGGCACAAAAAAGACGGACGACUGGCACAAGAGAUACAAUGCCAAGGUCGUGGUCUCUGGGCACCUGCACGUGAGGAGGACUGACUGGAAGGACGGUGUGAGGUUUGAGGAGUGCAGCUGGGGCUAUCCGAGGCAAUGGGAUGACGUGAGGAAAUCGGGCAAGGAUAUUAAUUCAUUGUUGAGGGAGAUCUUGCCAGGACCUCCGAAACCAGAGGGGGACGCGGUACCGACACAGUGGAGGAGAUGGGGUUAG